UCAUGGAUGUGACGUCGCCGGCAGAGAAUAUUCCGCAGCCAGAUUAAAGAUGGCUCCGUCUCACGCGCUGAGGUGUUGUAAACGGGCAGUGAACUGGAUACCUGUGCUCUUUAUUCACCUGGUCGUCGGCUGGUCUUAUUACGCAUAUGUCGUGGAGCUGUGUGUGUAUACAAUCCCAAAUAAUGAAGAACGAAUCAGCUACUUGGUCAUCUUUCACAUCUCCAUCACCAUGUUCAUAUGGUCUUACUGGAAAGCGAUCUGGUCCACACCAGCCAGCCCUGCAAAAGCAUUUUGUUUGCCUCGAGCAGAGAAGGAACUGUACGAGAGAGAGGAGCGAGCGGAGAGGCAGCAAGAGAUUCUGAAGAAGGUGGCGAGGAACUUACCUGUGUAUACACGCACAGUCGGGGGAGCCGUCCGAUACUGUGACAGUUGCCAGGUGAUAAAACCUGACCGCUGCCAUCACUGCUCAACCUGUGAAAUGUGCGUGCUAAAAAUGGACCAUCACUGCCCGUGGGUGAAUAACUGUGUUGGAUUCUCGAAUUAUAAGUUCUUUAUCCUGUUCUUGGCCUACGCGUCACUCUACUGUGUCGUAAUUUGUGCCACAGUCGUUCAGUAUUUCAUCAAAUUCUGGACAAAACAGCUCCCUGACACGCACGCCAAAUUCCACAUCUUGUUUUUGUUUUUUGUGGCGGCUCUGUUCUUUAUCAGCAUCCUGUCACUACUCAGCUACCAUCUAUGGCUUGUGGGCAAGAACAGGACCACUAUAGAGGCAUUCAGAGCUCCUGCUUUCUCAAAUGGUCCAGAUAAAAAUGGGUUUUCACUUGGCUUUAGUAGAAAUGUGGCUGAGGUGUUUGGAGAUGAAGGAAAGUACUGGAUUUUUCCCAUUUUCUCGAGUCAGGGAGAUGGUCAAUCCUUUGUUACCAGAUUGGUGCAUAUAGAUCCUGAACAAGCAAACAGUGUCCUCCAGCAUAAUGGAAAAAGCCCUGUUAAUGUGGGGGAGACGAGCCUGGCUGUGCCUAGUGAUACACAACACACAGUGGACAACAGCAAAGAGAAAAUGGAUGAAGGUCAGAGAGACUCUGUGACGGUGGAGCGUGAACCAUAGCAGAUACUUCCACACGGAGUUCAGCAACUACGAUGCCUUAAAUUAGGAGCAUCAGCACCUCCACAGGAGCUGUUCUGCACGCUCACAGGGUUUUUAAGUUGUUUUGUUUUAAGUUGUUGUUCACUCCACAGAAAAAUAAGUAAUAAGUUAUUCUGCAACAAAAGAAUGGGCUCAGACAUACAACAGACAACACAAAAAAUAAUAAUAGAACAAAACAAAUAUUUAACACAAUGUACAUUCAAACGCUGUUUCUUAGAAGGCGAAUUAAGAAAUUAUGAGAACAGAGUGUUCCUUUUAAAACUCAUAACACUUCUAAUUUAAUAUAAACUUCUCUUGUAUAAUAUGGCCGACCAUUGGCAGAAGUUCUUUCCAAAGUUCUUUGUUCUGCUUUAAUGGUGAAGAAAUACUACAAGAAACAGACAUUAGUGAUCAUUGACUUUUGGGGAUGCUUUGUAAAAGGUAAUGUAUCAUCGGCAUACACAGCAAUGUGUUUUUAAUGCCUCUGCAACUCCUCUUUUGCAAAGUCAGCGAGAACACCGAGGACACGCCUGCUUGCUGGCCACCUGCUGGCCAUCACCAGUGCAGCAGGGAAGAUGAACUUUAGCCUGCUGAUGCUCCGUGAUCAAGAACCAGCCUACAUAUCUGACUAGUAACUGAGCCGUAUUUCUGAUCACAUUUUAGUGUAAACAAAAGUUUAUAGUGUGUUUGAGAAUUUCCUUCGUGAAUGUGAACCAAACCAGCUGAAAAAUGAAAUCUCCAGCAGGGGCAGACCAACAAAGUUAGGUUCUCUCUGAAAUGGUUGAUUAUGUCUUAAGGGUUAGUCUGCAGAUUUUUAUUCAUGGUUCUGUUGAAAUUCAGGGUUAAAUAAACCACUUGAUGGUGAGGUCAAAAAAGACGUAACUAAAACAACUAUUUUUAAUAAUUUCGUGGCCCCAGGUCAUUCAGGAGUCUUCUUUGUUUUUGAGCCAAAUGCAUUUAAAAUGUUUUAUCCUUACACAUGAAAAACUGUGAUAAUGUUUAUUUUCCUAAGCCAAUGAACAGUAUGUUCACAUUAUCUGCAUUUAUGUAAAUGGAUUAAUCACGUACGAUCCCUUACUCAGUAUUUAUUACAACAUAAAUGACUAAACCUUCAGAUAAGGUUAUGUAUGAUGUGAAAGAAAUGAAGCACAGUGCAAUUACGACUUCUAAAGUUUAGUUUACACGAAGAAAGGUUUGGAAUGUCUUUCUGUUUACACUUUUAUAUUACUUUUGCUUUUUAUGUUUUAUAUGAUGGAUAGAUAUAAUUUAAGUUUGAAAUGUUAGGACCAAAUCCAGUUUUCUUUGCGCAAGGUUGGACUAUAAUUGUCAUUUGUUGUCAAGCUUUUAUGAACUGUCUUUACAUGUAUGUUGAUUUUAUUUAUAUUUAUUUACUGUGAUCAGUCCUUUACUUUGCACUUGUCUGAAGUUUAAAGUCUUAUUUGUUUUUCCAGUUAAAUGACAAGAUUUAUUUGAAGGUUUGUCAAGACAUUUACAGACAAAGUCCAUCACUGAGCUUUAAACCAAGACAGAUGACAUGGAUUUCAUGUACAAAUGUGGAAUUGAAUGCGUCUCCCUGUUCUUCUGUCACCUGUUUCAUUUCAUUAUAAUCUUUGUAGUGCUCUAUCAGCAGCAGCAGCACAGUGUGAGGCUGAGUGAUGAACUCCCGAGUUUUGAAGUGAUAAACAAAUGUGUAAAUAAUGACUGAGUGGUAGCCUGUAUGUGAAUUUACUCACAGUAGUUUAAUAACUGAUCGCACUGACUGACCUUGGUUUAAUGAACCACCAGCAUCAUAUUGAUGGAAUUAUUCAUGCAGGUUUUAAUUGUUCUGUCACAAUAAAUGUCAUUUAUCUA